AAACAAAUUGAAAUUAAAAUUCCUACAAAUUCAUUCGUGCAAUAAAAGAACUGACUAAGGAUAAGUUUAAAGAUUCUUAGUGUUAAUAAAAUUGGCAGCCACAGGAAUUUUUACCAGCUCAAUCGCUCUUGUAAUUAUAAAAAAAAAACAACAUCGCUGUUUUAAAUAUUCGUGCGUCGUCCAAUAAAAACACCAACUACAACAAUAAAAUUAACAGCAAUACUACAAACAUGGAACGCGCUUUGUCGAUUUUGUUGUGCCUCAUCUUAACAACGUUGCAGUUUAUUUCAACACACGAACACGGUGAUGGCUUUAAACCAGAUGGUGAGAUCCUGCGCGUACUGGUCAAUACUUCAGCGCAAAUUAAAUGCGAUGUCGGUUCCAGUUUGCCAGACGAUAAAGUUUUACUGGUCGUUUGGUAUAAGAAUAAUCUUCCAAUUUAUAGUUAUGAUACACGUGGUGCGCAUGCGGGUACGCCUUCGCAUUGGCGAGAUGAGGAAGUGCUCGAAGAUCGAGCUGUAUUUCGCACACACAAAGAGCCAGCUGAAUUGAUUAUAAAUCCAGUGAAGGAAAAGGAUGCAGGGAAUUUCCGUUGCAGAGUUGACUUCAAACUCUCGCAGACUAGAAAUAGUAAUGUCAAUUUGGAAGUUGUGGUGCCACCACAACAGCCAACCAUUUUCAACGAACGCCACAUGCGGAUAGAAUCGCGCGCCGGUCCGUACGAGGAAGGCGGCAGUCUGGAAGUGACAUGUGUCGUUUAUGGCGGUUCACCGCCACCUACUGUGACAUGGCUUAUGAACGGCCAACUACAAAAUAGUGUGGUGGAUUACUCAUAUGAAGGCAACAUAAACAGCAAAUUAGUUGUGCGAAAUUUGUCACGCAUUCACCAACAUGCUGUGUACACGUGUCAAGCGAGUAAUUUUCACAAGAAAUAUGUCGCCACCAAUAUCACAAUUGAAUUGUAUUUGCGUCCUUUGUUGGUGGAAAUUUCUUUCAAUAAUCAACCAAUGUCUGCGGAUCGCAAGUACGAAAUUGAAUGUCAAGCGAUUGGCUCAAGACCACCGGCAAAGAUUACCUGGUGGAUGGGAAAUAUGGAAAUGCAUGGGCAUAGUCAAAAGGUUUCGGAAGAUGGGAAUGUUAGCAUUUCGGUAUUAAGCAUUACACCGACACGUGAAGAUCACGGCAAGGCGUUAUCGUGUCGCGCUACAAAUGAACUGGUGCGAAAUGGCAUACGUGAAACGGCUAUGAAACUGAAUGUUUUCUUCAUACCAACACUUCAACUGGACUUGGGUUCAAAUUUGAAUCCGGAAGAUAUUGAGGAAGGUGAUGAUGUCUAUUUUGAGUGCAAAGUGCAUGCAAAUCCGGCAGCAUAUAAAGUUGUGUGGAAACAUAACAAUCAACUAAUUCAACAUAAUCAACGUGCUGGCGUCAUAGUGAGUAGUGGCGAUUUGGCGCUGCAGGGCGUGACCCGUCACCAGGCAGGCAACUACACGUGUACUGCCUCCAAUGUGGAAGGCGAUGGCGAUAGCAAUGUUGUUGAGCUGAAAGUGAUGUACAAACCCAUUUGCCGUCCGGAUCAGAAGAAAAUCUACGGUGUAGCGCGUAAUGAGGCCGCUGAGAUUUUAUGUGAGGUUGAUGCAUUUCCACCGCCAGAAAACUUCAAAUGGUCCUUCAAUAAUACAGCAGAGACAUUUGAUAUGCCGCAAAGUGGUUUCCGUGCACAUUCAGCGCAGGGAUCGACAUUGACCUACACGCCGGUCAAGGAAAUGGAUUUUGGUACCAUAAUGUGUUGGGCGGAUAAUAACGUUGGUCAGCAAAAAGAGCCAUGCGUUUUUCAUCUAAUCGCCGCUGGCAAGCCAGAAAUGCCAGCCAAUUGUACAAUGUUCAAUCAAACAUCGGAUUCGUUGGAAGUUUUUUGUGUUGAAGGUUUCGAUGGUGGCUUACGUCAAUGGUUUCUCAUGGAAAUAUUCGAUCAACACACUGGCCAGCUGCAAGCAAAUAUCUCCUCAAAAUAUCCAGUAUUGAGUGUAACCGGCCUAGAUUCGGGUCGCCUGUUUCGUAUAUUUGUUUAUGCAGUGAAUUUGCGCGGACGCAGUGAAGCGGUGCAGGUGGACGGUUACACGCUGAAAGCGGCCGAAAAGCAAACAGUCGCACUGACAUCCUACAAGGGUACCCAAUCGAGCUUUGAACUCACACCCAUACUCUCGGUCGGCAUCUUCGUUGGCAUAUUGGUUGCUUUGGUUUGCAUUGCCAUCGGAACAAUUGCCGCAUUGAAAUUACGUACACACAAACAACAACAAAAAUAUCAACAUCAAAAUGCGAAAUUCUCACGACCUGGCAAUUUACAAAUUAAGGAUAAAAUCUCAUUGCCAUUAAGUCAUUCGGAGGAGAUGUACGACGAGAAGAAUCCUGAUGUGGUGCCGUAUAAUGAAGUCGAUGGUGAAUACAAACAGAAAUCAGCAACACAAACACCAUCCGGCCAUCUGUCCACAACCAGUGAAGCGGAAAUCAGCUGUAAGCCAUCGACAGACGAGCUUGGCAUGUACCAAAGCAAUAAGGACGACGAGCUACACUACGCAGAGCUCUCACUUGCACCCGGCAGCGUUGCCGUUGGCGGCGCCAGCUCCAGUAGUAUGCCCAAAAAAUCGAUUUCUGUCGAUUGCAGCAGCAGCAUGUUGCUGCAGGGCGCUGGCAUAAAUACGAACAACAUGUCCAUGCCAAUCGGUGGCACACUGCCGCAUGGCUCCAGCAUACGCAAAUUGCUACCCAGCAUACCAGCCAAUGCCGGUGCGAGCACACUACAACGCCAUAAGCCACAAGCGGCAGCGCAACAGCCACCGCCACCUUCCUAUGACUACUUCGAAGAGCCAACGAUAUACGCGCAAAUCGAUCAUUACAAAACAACAACGGCGACGGCAACAGCGGCAAACGCCGGCAGCAAUGGUGGCUGUUCCUCCUCCGCCUCAGUGUCGCCAUUCCCGCCUUGUAUCUCAUCGCCUGCCUCGCAGGGUACGCCAUCAACGGUUUCGCCCGGCACAGUGCAGAUGUAUACCUUGCCCUCACAUCCUGGCGGCUAUCAUACGCUGCCACACAACCAUCAUCAUCAGCAGCAGCAGCAGCAGCAGCAACAGCAACAGCAGCAACAGCAACUAGCGCAUCAGCAACAAUCGCAUCAACAACAACAAACGCACAAUACAUCCGCCUCAUCUAUGCUGCAAAUGAUGGCGGCGGCAGCAGUUGUUCAAGGUAGCACUGGCAGUGUUUAUCAUCAUCAUGGUACGCUGCCAAUGCCACCAACAUACCAACAACAUCAGCAGCAGCAACAGCUGCAACAACAGCAAGCCACCGGUCAAAUGCUGGUAUCGAGCAAUAGCAGUGGUCUCGGUUCGGCUACGACGACUGCGGCGGUGACGAGUCCGAGCAGCUCGUUGUCGGGGCUCUCGGCCAUCGGGAAAUCGUAUUCGCGUGAAAUUGUGACGGUGCGAACGCCAUUGAUGUACUCGCAGCAGGAGAGUUGCGUUUAAGUGUUUGAGAAAUAUAAGUAUAAAUGAAAUUUAGUUGUAGUAGUGUAGGUUAUGAGAUAGGGGGUGGGGGUAAGGGUGGAGGCGCAAUAUGCAUAGCUAUGACUUUUUAAAUCAAAUGGGGGCUAUGGGUUGGGGAUAAUUUGAAAGAUUUCGAGCGUAUUUUUGUUGAUUUAGUAUUUUAAGAUUUAUAUAUUUUAUC